AUGGAUGCUUCAUUGCACAAGAGUGCAUUUCAUCGUAUAUCAUCCACACCACCCGAUUUGAUUGUGCAUGAUGAUUUGAGUGACGAGGAUUCAUCUUGCUGGUCUUCUUCUCCACCACCUUUACCACCAACACCAUCACCAGCAUGUGCUGAUUGUGGAUCCUCGACAUGUUUUGGCACAGCAUGCAAGGCUGGUGUUCUUGCUUCGAUACGAAAACAUGUCGCAUUGGCACGCCAAGGUAGGCUGAGUCGACCGCGUCUUUAUCGACCGCAAAAACGUCGGGUGACCCAGAUCACGGUGCCACCACGCUCAUCAACAACACAUCAACAACAACCAAAACAACAGCAACAUGUUGCAAAGCAACAGCUACUUCCACCAUUGUUGUCAUCAUCACCACCAGCAACAGCACCCAUAACACAACAAGGUCGCCCCUGUAGAGCAAAGGCACCAUGCCAGGCUUGUCGAGAACCUGCAGACAGCUGUAUGAGAAAGGCCUAUAAUUGGCCUUUCCCAACAAGCGACUUGCACUUUGAUAAAGGCCGACCCUAUGUAUAUUUAUGCAACAAAUGUGGUCUUCGGUAUAACAAGAGCGGCGGAUGUGUUUGUCGUCAUUGUCGAUGGGUGCUUUGCAAGGAAGAAAAGAGAAAAGCAGUACAACACAUUGCAUAUAUGCGGCGGACAAGAGGACACGUGGAACCUGAAGACCCGAUCAUUGACUUUGUAUGUUCACCAAAAUACUGGGUCUGUGGUCACCCAUGGAAAGUAGGCUGGAUUUCAGAAAAGGAUGAUGAUGACAACACCACUGCCAUGGAUGAUACCACUUCGCCUCCUCAUUCAUCUGCUACUACUACCCAACAAUGA